UACAUGCCAUAGCACGUAUUAGUGAUGAAUUUUGGUUUGACCCCAUAGAAAAAGGUCUUGCCUUAAGAUCAGUGAAUUCUUCAAGGUCAGCAUAUGCAUAUGUCUUCUUCUCGUCUAUGUUUUUUCAACAUUACUGCUGGACGGCUGUGUCUCAACCACGUCAGAAGGAAAAACAGUUAUCCCUCCCAUUCAGUUCUUCCUGUAUUUAGAUGUGUAAACGUGCUGGAAAGAAAUGUAGAGAAAUGCAGCAUUUAUACAAAUAUUAAUGAUCAUCACAUAACUUUCAAGCUCUUCUGCAAACAUGGUGUUAUAAAAACCUAUAAUCUGAUGUUUCAAGAGUGUGAUCCGUUGCAGGCUGUUUUUGCUAAGCACAUGUGUCCAAACAUACUUAAAGUCCACUCCAGGCUGCUGGCUGAUACAAUGAUUCACUUUCCGACCAGUCAAGAAGAAGUAACCUUAUCAGUUUCUCCGAUGAAAGUUUGUUUCAAGAGUUACACUGAAGACAACACUGAUUUUUCAAGGACAAUGCUUACUGAAAUACAACUAAGUCCGGAUGAAUUUGACUACUUUCAAGUUGGAGUAGAUUCUGAAGUGACGUUUUGCCUUAAAGAAUUGAGGGGACUGCUAGUAUUCUCAGAAGCCACCAGUGCUCCUCUCUCUAUCCAUUUUGACAUCUCUGGAAAACCAAUUGCUUUCAGCAUGGAAGACAGGGUACUAGAAGCCAGCUUUAUUUUGGCAACCUUGUGUGAGGUUGGAGAGGAGACGGCUGCCCUGCGGCCUGCCUGCUUCUCACAGCAGCUGGAAAGAUCAAAGACGUGUCCAGGUAAACCGGAGAAGACCCCCGUGGGUAAAAAGAGCCACGUAGCAGCGCAUGGCUCCCAAAAGCCACAGCGGAAUGGCAACGCACUGAACACCAGGGCAGCGAAUCCUGCGAGUCCUCUGGUGAAACAAGAGAGUAAAAAUACUCCCGGAGCUGCAAAGAGAGAGAAGGCGAGCGCAGAGGGCCCAGCCCCCACCGAGGGCCCCGCGGCGCUGGGGGCAGAGGCGAUGCGGUCUCAGCAGUUUCACUCCUUCUUUUUUGGAGCAGUUUCUUGUAAGGAGAGGGAUGCCGUCAGUCACACCUUCCACAGUUUAGCCACAGCUAGUGACACUGAAGAGGAUUUUGGUGCUGUGCAGAGCUCCCAGGUUCUCUAGUGCCACGAAGUAAAGCUCUUGGGGAUCACCCAGAGAGAAAAGCACCAUUGACGUGGUAACGGCAGAGCUGUUUCUAGUUUCAGAAAGAUUUAGUUGCAGUUCUGUGGCAAGUUAGAACUCGAGGGAAACUGUUUGUACUCUGGGCUUGUAUGGUGACCUGCGUUUCACAAAUCCCCGUUCACGGCACCCAGGAAGGGGGAAUCCGGCCCGGCUGGCACCUGGUUCUUUUUUUGCAAGAUUUAAGGGUGAAACUUGACUCAGUACUGAAAGCUUUAUCCCUUCCUGCUCUGCCCAUACCAGUUAAGUGUUUAUUCACUACUCAACCACCAGCACCCAGGUGACUAACAGUCAGCUGCUGCCGUAACACAAGAUAAAUUUUGGUCACGACUGACCAGAUUUUGUGCGUUAUGGACAUGCUCUCCAGUGCAGUUUCACCAGAGAAUUCAAACUGUGGUACCACGUCAGGCACAGGGAGCUGCUGUUGUAAAGUUACAAGUGCUGGAAUAAUAAAUCCAUCCACUCCGCCACAGCCAAACACAGCACUGCUAGAGAAGAGCUGGUAUUUUUAC